CAGCAAAAUCAACGGGGUCGCCUCGCCGGCAUUCUUUUUCAGUAACUAAACUAACUCACUUUCUCAGAUAGUGUCGUUUAACGAUAUACUCUCUUCAAAACGACACUCACUAACUCACUCUUCUUCUUCUGAGGUAGUUGAAGAUGAUGAUGCUGAUGGUGAUUCUUACUAUUUAAAACCUAGACAGAGAGAGUGAGAGAGACUGACGAUGUGGGAUUUCCCAAUUUGGCUUCGCAUUGGAUUUUAAUGAGCAAGUUGUUCGGUUCAGAGAUUCUGUCCUCAUCUGGGUUAGAUGGUGUGGACCAUUAACCAUAACCAGUUUAUUAGACUUCUUCGUUCUCGGUCAUGGCUCGUCGUCAUGGAUGGGAACUCCCUGCUCACACUUUCCAGGUUGUGGCUAUAACAGUUUUCUUCUUGCUAUCCGUGGCAUAUUAUGCCUUCUUUGCUCCGUUCCUUGGAAAUUAUAUUUACCAAUAUGCAGCUAUUGGUGUUUAUUCUUUCUUGGCAUUGGCCGUGUUCAUUCUUUAUGUUAGAUGCACGGCCAUUGAUCCUGCCGAUCCUGGUAUUCUGGUUGAACCCGACAAGAUGUCUACAUAUAAAUCUCACAAUGAUUUGGAUACGCCUGGGAAUGCUUCCUCGGUUGAAGACCCCAGCAAAAUGGAACUAAAUAAUGGAGGAAAAUAUAGUAGGCAUAGUUCAACAUGUUGUGCACGACUUGGAGGUUUUAUUUGUUGUUGUAUCGUGCUAGAAGAUUGCCGAAAAGAUGAUGUUCCACAACAAUCUGGAGAGGAUGCAUUAUUCUGCACUUUAUGCAAUGCUGAGGUACGCAAAUUCAGCAAACACUGUAGAAGUUGCGAUAAAUGUGUUGAUGGGUUUGAUCAUCAUUGUCGGUGGUUGAAUAAUUGUGUAGGGAGGAAAAACUAUAUUACAUUUGUAUGCCUCAUGGCAGCAAGCCUUGCUUGGCUUAUUGUCGAAUGUGGGGUUGGCAUUGCUGUUUUUGUUCGUUGCUUUGUUGAUAGAAAGGGUAUGAAUCAUCAGAUAGCUGAAAAACUUGGAGUUGGAUUCUCACAGAUCCCCUUUGCUAUUGUGGUGGGCCUGUGUACUAUUAUAUCAUUUCUGGCUAUCGUUCCUUUGGGAGAAUUGUUCUUUUUUCACAUAAUUUUGAUUCGAAAGGGUAUCACAACAUACGAGUAUGUUGUUGCCAUGAGAGCACAAAGCGAGCCCCAUGGACCAUCUGUAGACGGGGAGGAUCAACAAAGUCUGCCUUCAUCACCUACUAGUUCAGCUGUGACUGCAAUAAGUGGGAGAAGCUCUCUUGGUAUGGGUUUGCAAUAUAAGGGUGCUUGGUGUACUCCUCCAAGAAUUUUUAUGGACCAUCAGGAUGAGAUAAUUCCACAUUUGGAACCAGGGCGUUUACCCUCCACAGUGGACCCAGAUGCAUUACCACAUCCAGACAGGGGGAAAAAAAUACCCCAGCGUGUGCCACGUCUUAGUGCAUGGAAGCUUGCGAAACUGGACUCUAAUGAGGCAAUUAAAGCAGCUGAGAAAGCUAGAGCAUCAUCAUCUGUGCUCCGUCCAAUCAGCUCUCAGCUCCAUCCAUAUCAUGCUGAUUAUUUAUCCAAUAGCAGCUUCAGUGGAAGGAGCAGUCCUGUCAGUACUGAUCAUGGCUUCCUCAGUAGAAAUGCCAAAGCAGGGACUUCCAAGCUAUCCCCUUCUAGAAGCUCAUAUCCUCCAAGUCGUGCUAGUCGGGAAGAUAGUGAAACAUGUCAUCAUAGUGUCAGUAGUAUAAGCAGUCCUCAGGUUUCUAACUUCGCCCCUGCCCCCCUGCAAGUUCAGAAGUUUCCGAAUAGAGAUCAUCAACACAACCCCAUUUAUCAUUCGUUGGCGGAUCAAUCCCUGCUGCAUUCAGGAAGAGAAGAAAUCAAGCCAAACGAAGCUCCCCCGCAAAUACCUGCAAAAAAGAACAACUUCAAUGCUGCAGGAAAUGUUCGAUCAUCGUCAUCAUCAUCAUCGGUUGUUUGGGAUCAAGAGGCAGGACGUUUUGUCUCCUCCUCCAGAGAAGCAGGUUCUACUCAAGUGUCUGGGGCAGAACUACUUUACACAGGACAAUCCAUAUUCUUUGGUGGACCCAUAGUGAAUGAACAACAACAACAACAACCCAACAGAGGGACAAGAAGUAGCAGCGGCAGUGUGGUGGAUAGAGGCGGCUCUAAUUAUCAGUGGGGAAGAUCACAGGGCGGCGGCCAGCUUCCCGUGUUCGUCCCUAGUGAUUAUCAACAGAACCAGUUCCCAUCUAGACUGCCUUGAUUUUACUAAAACGACAACUGAUCUCUUUUUUUUUUCUUUUUCACGUAGAUAUUAGCAUUGAGAGUUAGCCAGAGGGUCAGCCGUUCUCUAACUUGUAGUGAUGGUUUUUUUCGAACUCAUGUUUUGAAUUCUCUAUAUUAUAUUAUGACAUUGUAGGUUGUAAAGACUGUUUUAGCUGACUUUUAUAUGAGGAUUCCGUUCAAUUUUCAGGGAACCGUUAGGUUUGUUAGUUUUAAACAAAAAUGUUUCUCUCGAUAA